AAUAAUGAGUUGCCCUUCUCAUAUACAAAAUCAAAUAUCGUAUAUAUGCAUAGCUCCUCAUAAGUGUUCAUAAUAAAGGAAAUUGUGUGUUGAAUGCCUCUAAGAACACGGAAUGAACCCCAAAGAUUAAGUUCGGAUUGAUCAAUUCCAAAAAAUGGUUUUAAAUAAAUUUUAACAAUUUAAACUAGAUGAUGCAUCAGAAUUUCUUAAGCAGAAUAAAUUAAUACUCUCUCAAACUGAAGCAAUUUUGAGGUAAAUUUUGGAUGUAAUAUCUGAAUCUAUAAACUCGCCUUAUAAUUAGCUCGAAAGGAAAACUCAAUUUUACAGAAAUCUAAUCAACAACUUUAAAAAUAUAGAUGAAUGCACCUAUGCUGAUAUAGAACAAUUCGUUUCAAUUUUAAAAGGGGAUGCAAUAAAGGACUUGAUUGAUGAGAAAAAUUCUUAUUUGAUCAAAUUUGAAAAGAAUAAGAAUUUAUUGAAAUAUGAAGUUAGUUCCUUUUAUGAGAGAUUGAGAAAAUUAAUGAGGGAGCAAGACUAAGUGUAUGUUUGGUAAGAAGAUUUAUAUGGAUUAUUAGAAUUGACAGAAAAUAUUGAUUAAGAAUACCUUAAUGGCAUUAUUGAAAUUUUUAGGAAAGAGAAAAUCACAGAUUGUCUGGGAUAUCUAAACAAUCCUCCUAAUAACAACAAUUAAGAAGAAUCUAAGAUAAAGUUGGUCACUAAUGUUCUCAAAAAUAUUAGUGAGAUUGAUUUUAAUAAGAAGAAUUAUUCAAUCGAAGAAUAUAAAGAAAUUCGAAAGAAAUUGAUUAAAAAAAUAGCAAAUAGAAACCAAAUUUUUCAAUUUUUUAAAUUUCUUGUUCAGCUAACUGCAAUAGAUGAGAAAUUUAUUUAAUGUGGAUCCAAUUCCCUCAAUUUACUAGUAGAAAUGAAGGUUGAUGUCAGAGAAUAAAAUUUUGAAAAUAUUCGGAUAAGUGAUACUUCAUUAAUUGCAGCUAAUUUUGUUAGGUGCAAUUUAAGUGGAUCGAUAUUUGAAAAUGUAGAUAUUAGUGGAAUAAAUUUAAACGGAGCUCAAUUAUUUAAUUGUAGAUGGAAGAAUUUAAAAUUAAAUGAAAUAUGUUAAUUAGAUGGACAUAGCAGUGGUGUUAGAUCUCUAUGCUUUUCUCCUGAUUGCGCUACAUUAGCAUCUGGUAGUGGAGAUAAUUCUAUUCGUUUAUGGAAUGUUAAGACUGGAGAAUAAAAAGUCAAAUUAAAGGGCCAUACUAAUUAGGUUUAUUCAGUUUGUUUUUCUCCUGAUGGUACUUCAUUAGCAUCUGGUAGCCAUGAUAAGACUAUUUGGUUAUGGGAUGUAUAGACUGGAAAUAAAAUAACAGAGUUAAGAGGUCAUACGAAUGAUAUCAAUACAGUAUGUUUUUCUCCUGAUGGUACAACAUUAGCAUCUGGUAGUUGGGAUUAAUCUAUUCGUUUAUGGGAUGUUAAGAAUUGGUAAUAGAAAUUAAAAUUAGAUGGUCAUCGUAGUGGAGUCCUAUCAGUUUUCUUUUCUCCUGAUGGGCUUACAUUAGCAUCUGCUUGUUGGGAUAAAUCUAUCAGUUUAUGGAAUUUACAAACAAGAUAAAAAGGCCUGCUGGAGGGUCAUGAUAAUGAUGUCAAUACGGUUUGCUUUUCUCCUGAUGGUACAACAUUAGCAUCAGGUAGUAGUGAUAACUCUAUUAUUUUAUGGGAUGUUAAGACUGGAUAAUAGAAAGCCAAGUUAGAUGGUCAUCGUAGCGGAGUCCUAUCAGUUUUCUUUUCUCCUGAUGGUACAUUAUUAGCAUCUGGUAGUAGUGAUAACUCUAUCAGUUUAUGGAAUGUUCAAACUGGAAAGUAAACAUGCAUUUUGGAAGGACAUAGCGGAGGAGUUUUAUCAGUAUGUUUCUCUCCUGAUGGUACUAUUUUAGCAUCUGGUAGCAGUGAUAACUCUAUCCGUUUAUGGGGAGUUAAAACAGGACAAAAAAUUAAGCCCUUUGAAAAUAGUCGUUAAGAUAUUUAAGCCAAAUUACAUUCACUCAAUUAGGACAAUCAUUUUUUUGAAAGUACAAUUUAUCCUGAUAAUAAAGAUAACGAAAUUGUUACUAUAAAUCUUAUCUCUCAAACACACCCAAAAUUUUAAGUAUAAGCAACUUUGAUUGUGGGUGGAGAAUUUAUGACUAGCCAAAGUGUUGAUUUAAGAUAACUUUUUUAAUAAAGUGGAUGUUAUGUUUUUGAACAGAAUGAAAAUAAGACGAGUAAAAUUGUAAAUUGAA